AUGGGAGAAAUUUUGCGCAGAUGGACAAAUUUCUGGACAACACUCAGCGAUUUUUUGCUUCAACUUGAAGACUAUAUUCCUACGAUUCCAGAUUCUUUAACAACCAAUUAUUUAAGAAGUGCGGGAUGUGAAUCGACAGAUCCUAGAAUUAUCAGAUUGAUAUUUGCUGCUCAAAAGUUUAUAUCAGAUGUAGCCAAUGACGCCCUUCAACAUUGUCAAACGCUCAAUAAUACCCCUGCUAACGUAAGCAAUUCAAAGAAUCCGAAAUUAAACAAGGAUAAAAAGUACACAUUAACCAUGGAGGAUUUGGCACCGGCUCUACAAGAUUAUGGAAUUUCUGUGAAAAAACCACAUUAUUAUUUUAAACUAGAAUAUAUUAUUUUGCAAAAUUAA